AUGUCUCUUCAUACCUCCUACCAUGCCGACUCCGACGCGGACGACGAGUACGAGCGCAGCGUGAUCACCUCUCCCCAUUUGGCCACGGACUCGGAGGCCUCUCCGUCGGAGUCCGAUUUCCCCUCCGCGGAACAUACGCCGACCUCCUAUGCAAAUGUCGAACACAACCCGCAGUCCCCGCGGACGAUCAUCACCGAAUGGACUGCCGAAGAGUGCGCCAACUUCCUCGCCGCCCUCGGUCUUCGUCAAUACUGCCCGGCGUUUCUAGAAAAUGAAAUCGUGGGAGAAGCGCUGAUUGCGCUGAAACAUGACGAAUUGAAGGAAAUGGGCAUCAUCAGCGUGGGCCAUCGGUUGACCAUCCUGAAAAGCGUUUACGAAACCAAAGUCAAGCAAGACAUCCCGCUCGAUGCCGAUCAUUAUAUUCCCCUCUCGGCGGAUCAAAGCAUGAACGAGAAUGCGUCCCAAGACGACGUGGCUCGCCUGAUUCAAUCCAUCCGUCUACGAGAUGAGCGGAUUACGACCGUCGAAUCCGAGAUGCGACGCAUUGCCGAGGAAUACCGACGACUGCGAGAGGAGCUCCUUCCCGUGUUUAAGAUGUCCAAAGACCGGUCGCAGCCGCUGCCCCCUCCGUCUGCCAUCCCCAGCUCCGUCCCCGAAGGGUAUCAUGACAAUCAACCGAUCAGCUCUCCCUCCGGCAUCACUCUGCUGGAACGGUCUGUGUCCGGAAUUUCUCGCACCUUCUCCAAGCGGUUACACAAUGGAGGCACAACCCCGAAGAACAACUCUCCCACCCACAUUCCGCCCUCGAUCCACGAAAACCGACCCUACAAUGAUAACGCCUUGGACCCUUCGACCGCCGCCGUCUCCUCGUCGCAUCUGAGCACGAUGAACGGCAAAUCACAACUCUCCCCGGGCAUUCCGUCUCCCACGUCACCCGGUGGACAUUACGGCAACACGCAAACGCUGGCCUCGCGGUCCUACACGCAGCCGAAUUCGAACAGCCGCAAUAAUUACGACCACUACGAGGACAGUAUGCCCACACAAUCUCGACCCGAUCGCCUGAAUCCGACGCCUACCCAGGCCACCCGCCCGGAGAUCCCGACACGCUCCGACUCCCGAGCGGGUGGGGAUCCUCCCAGCGUGGAGAUCUUCAAGUCGUUCCGCGUUUCCAUGGACGAUCCUUGUCACAAAGUUCUCCCGGCCGCUCUGAAGAAGUACAACAUCAACGCAGAUUGGAAGCAAUAUGCAUUGUAUAUCGUGUAUGGGGAUCAAGAGCGGUGUCUUGCGCUAGACGAACGCCCGCUCAUUCUAUUCAAGCAACUAGAAAAAGAGGGGCGCAAGCCGAUGUUCAUGCUACGCAAGCACCUGCAACCGUUCGAGAACACCAUGUAUGCCGCCACCGGAGGAGCCGCAGCAGGGUCGGCGCCCAACAGCGCGGGCUUUGAAGGGCGACAGGCUCAGAUCAAUCUACCGGGCGGAGUUCUCUAA